AUGGCUAUCAACCUUUUGGCCGAAUUGCGCCGCACGAGCUCCCCAGAGCUCCCAAAAAAACCCAUCAAGAACAACGAGGUUCCCAGCCCGCCACAGGAGGAACUGGCCGCCUUUGACGCCAUUUCCCCCGCGGGCCAGUCUGACUUCGAUACCCACGACUUGAUGCUCGAGCAGUUGAUCAUGCUAGAAAAGGAGAAUCUGCUGGCGAGGUACGACCACCGACCUGCCGCGCAGGUGCCUCAACUUCUCGGACCUGGCACUGCUGGCCUCCCACUCUCCAGGGAGAAGGCCUCCAUCGUCCUCCAAGCUCUCAAGAGAGAACACCGCGAGUUCCUCAAGUGGAAGAUCUCUAUUGCACAGUCCUCCCCUGACUCACGACGGGCAAGCCAACCUCCUCGCCCAUGGAACGCCUUACUCCAAGCCAUGUCAGAGUACGCGGACAGCCUCAACCAUCCCUGGCCGUUCAACCGCAUCGUCCGCGUGCUCAAAGAAGCCGCCGCCAGGAACAACUACUUCAACAAUCCCACCGGCUUCAUCAGGGAGGCACAGCUGGUCCACCUCUCGCAGACAAACCAGGCCAUCAUCCUGUCCAACGACCUCCACACCCUGGAAAUGAUGCGCCUCCUCGGCUCCAAAGACACCGCAUUCGCUGCCGGACGAGUCCUCAACCAGAUUGCCGCCAGCACGUUUCAGCGCUUCGUCUACGACCUGCAGGGGGAGUUGGCGCACUUCUCCCUCAGGCACAGGCGCUGCACCAAGAAUGACAACUGCCAUGUCGACCCGGCCCGCUUGAAGCCGUGUGUUGAGCCGGUCUACGAGGCCGUGGUCCUGGGCUGCAUGGUGUUUCAGAGGUGGCCGAAGCCGAAAAUCAGCGACUUUGGUGUGAGGGUUUUUGCUUUUCAGACGCCGUGGCAGACUGUCGCGGCGGUGAGGGAGAAUGAGAGGAUUUGGCUGCAGGAAUUCGUUUCGUUUGCGGCGAUAGAUGGGAGUUCGUUUUGUGACAUUGGCGAUACGUUCCCGACCUUUGGGUGGUACUAUUUGAAGUCGUUGGCGCAAAUUGAGGAAGAGUGUCGGGGGUAUGAUUUGGGCGGGGAGGUUGAUUGGGAUGAGAUCUUUGGUGGUACAAAUGGUUCUUGGAGGGGGGCCAUCUACAGACAUCAUGAGAAUCGUUUGUGA